UCACCAGUCAGUCACAGCCGGACCGCCGCGCGCUCAGACUGAAGGCUCUAGUUGUUGGAGCGGAGCGGAGCGGAGCAUCAGCACGUCCUGACAGCAGCUGACGGAAAUAUUCACCUGUGCGCUGCCCGGACCAACUCACAAGGAUUUCUGUCAUUUUUAGCUCACUCCACCUUCAAGGCGCAGCGAGGGACACUUCCAGCAACAACCUCUGUCGGAUCCCUGGUCUGUCUAGGAGCCAAACAAGUUUUUUUUUUCUUUUUUUGUGCCGUGAAUGAGUGAGAUAUUACAACGAAACUGACCCACAUCUGAAGGUUUUUUUUCCCCCUUCCAAUUUCACAUUGAUUUCGGACAGACUGCGGUGCCUGCUCCCACAGAGGACCGUAAUCAACCAUGGCGAGACGUGACGCCCGAAAUUGGUCUGACUGCACAAAAAUGAUCGGACCGCUCUGCUUGAUUGCGUCGAUAUUUAUGAUACACGGAACAUCAGGUCAGCAGGUGAAGGUAGAGCCUGAGGUGUUGUCGUAUCCUGGCCAGACCAUCAACCUGCGCUGUGCCUUCACUGAUGCCACUGGGAUCCGGCUCACAAUGGUCACAUGGAUCUAUGAGCCGAAGGAAGGAAAAAGGAAGAACAUAGCUGUGUAUCACCCCGACUUUGAUACCAGCUACCCCAAGUCACCUGUGAAGGGCAGAGUCAGCUUCACACAGAGUCCUCCAGACUUGGCCAACCCUUCCAUCCAGAUAAGCGACGUUAGGAUGACAGAUGAGGGGAAGUACAUUUGCGAAUUUGCGACCUACCCCAUUGGGAAUGAGCAGGGCAUCACUUACCUGGUCAUGCUAGCUAAGCCUCAGAACUCAGCCUCCAUCGUGACAGUGGUGGCAGGCAGUAAGCCGGUCGUUGUGGCACGCUGUGAGUCUGCGGAUGGCCGCCCUGCUGCCCAGAUCUCCUGGGUGACCACAGUCAAUGGAAAUGCAACAACAGUGUCUAAGCCAGGGGCCGACAACACUGUGACGGUGACCAGCGAGUACCGGAUGGCUCCUACUGCAGCCGACAACGGGAAAGACAUUAGCUGCGUGGUGGCGCACAGGACCCAGGUCAAACCUGAGAGUUUGCUCAACAAGCUGGCAGUUCAGUAUCCCCCUCAGGUGACUAUCGUUGGCUAUGACAAUAAUUGGUACGUGGGCCGAACAAAUGUGAUGCUCAUCUGCCAGGCUUCUGCAAACCCCGUUCCAACCUCUGUCAACUGGAAGACCAUGUCAGGAGUGUUACCAGAUACAGUGCAAAUCGUUGGCAAUGAGCUGAGGGUACUGAAGGUGGAUGACGCUGUAAACACCACUUUUGUCUGUGAAGUCACCAACCGCAUAGGGACCACCAGAGAUCAGAUCACAGCCAUGGUCAGAGAACCCCCACAGAACCCAUCCAAUGCUGGCGUGGUUGCGGGAGCUGUGAUUGGCUCCCUGCUGCUCCUCCUUUUGGUCGGCGCUCUCAUCGCUGCGCUCGUCACCGUUAGCCGUAGGCAGAAGCAGGGAUACCGUGCUAAUGGCGGCAGCGACAUGAAGACACGCAUGUUUGGUGGGGGCAAGAAGGCCAGCAAGAAUGGCACAGGAGGAGGUGCAGGAAGCGGUGGUGUUGGAAGUGGCAACAACAACGGCCCCAUCUACGUAUGCAAUGAAGGCUCCUCCUACCAGGGCCUUGGAGAGAAAAACAACCACCAUCAGCCACUCACCAUUGGAGGCCGGCCUGAAGUUGUUGCCGCUACGCCGACUGCCCAGGACAUCCUGCUGAGCAAUGAGUUAGACGAUGCAGAGAGGAGGAAGUUUGACGAGCUGGAGGAGGAUGAGAGGUAUGACCAGUUUAGCGGAGGGGCCCCGAUCCUCCAGCUCCGCCCACCGCACGACCAGGAUGAUAUGAUUGGAGACUACCUGGAUGAUGACAUGGAGUCCCAGCGGGAUGGCUCUGUCAUCUCACGGACUGCAGUUUACGUGUAGUGGAGGAGAGGAGGAGAGGAGGAGAGGAGGAGGCGACAAUGGCAGGAUGGAGAAUUCCUCCUGAGGAUUUUGUGGCUCCAGGGUCUUGUUCCUGUCUGAAAGAGAAAAGAAAAUAAUUACCACUUUUAUUUUUGAAAAUUGAUUUUAAAUAUAGCCUAUUUAUCACAUUGCAGCCCCAGAAUGGACUGAAUGAAAAGGAGGGUGUGGUGGGACAUUGUGAAAGGACUGUUGCUGUUAUCUGGUCUCUAAGAACUGAAAGGCAAGCAGGAAAAACAACAACCUGUCUCCCACCACUUGUGCUCAUGCUCUUGCUAUCACUGGGACCUUGACACUUGGCAAAUAGGCAAAAACAGAAACAAUGUAGUGUGGGAGUAGGGUAAUGGAAUCAUGGCACCAGCUUAGCUAUAUCUAUCUAUACAUCUCACUUUCAUAUUCACUCUAAUUUUCACGAAAACAUUAGAAGUGGUAAAGGCUGCCAGCAAUUCUCAGUCCUCCCUAAUGUGUUGCACUGUGACAUUUGGUGGGCAUUGAGUAGCUUGUGAUGGUUUGACAGGAAAUCAUUUUAUUUUCAAGUAUAGACCGUAACCACAGACUGGUUUAGAGACGCAACCAAUAUAUUUGUUUAUGGAUGAGUUCUUCUCCCCGCUCCGCUGCCUUUCUCUCAGACAUAGAUGAACAUCUGUACAAACUAUUAGCAACAGUAGACACAACAUUUCAAGAGCAUAAAGUCUUUAUGUCCUGGACAAAUAUAAAAGCAGAUGAAUUUAACAAAGUGGCAGUUUAGAAGAGUUUGAGCCAAGUUCUUAAGAAGGUAUUCACAUUUUAACUUUUGUACUGUGCCUCAAGGUAAGAGACAGUAAACAAGAAAUGAGAGAAUGAGGUGUAGCCAAUCUGACAGGGUCAAGGAGUGGAGAGAGGGAUGCAGGAGUGAGGAGGCCUAGAGAAACGCACGUCUCUUCCUUUCUCUUCCUUCUCAUCGUCAUCUCUUCAGAGCACUCCUGACAGGAGGAGCUUGAUUGGUAAUGAACCGUGAAGUUGCUCGCUUAGCUGGGACCAACAGAUUGCCACCACUUAUCUUAAAUGACGUGGUGAUUCUUCUCUCACUCCCCUUUCUUUCUUCAUAAUGUCUCUCUCUCUCUUUCUUUCUUUCUUUCUCUCUCUCUCUCUCUCUGUCUCCCUCUUUCUUUCUCUUUUGUCCAUCCCUCUCUUCAGCGCUUAUGGGGACUUUAUGAUUUAUCCUGGGCAGUGACGAGGUCAGGGCUGCAGAGACCAGGGGAGUAUUUUACUACUCCCGAUGUGUCAAAUACCCCACUUACUCUGCUCCAGCCCUGCCUGCCCUGACAUGCCAGGACAGACUAAUCCACCUGGAGUGGUCAUGUUCAGUCAACUGCACAGAUGUCCCCACCUCCUCCUCUAGUUUAUCGUAUGACCGGAUGUAACAGAAUCCCUGAUUGUCUGCUGACUGUUAAUUUAUCCUUUUAACGAGCCACCGAAGGCCCACUCAGACAAAUAUUACUCAAUGGCUACUGUACACCGCUGCCUGUGAGGCUCAGUGUGUACAUUAGCAUGCGUCACUUUAUCCACAUAGCCGGUGGGUGACUGUGAUGGGCAAUCAUGGAGAGAAGCUUUACUGUAUCUCCGCUAAUCAUUUUAUUUUUUCCCCGGCCUUCUCAUCAGCUCCCAUUUGAUCAACUGGGAAUCUGGUGAGUGUGGUUUCAAUGACUGUACUGACCUCUUGCAAGGUUAGCGAAGAUCUGGGUUGAUGCUUGCUGCAGGUCAUGAGGUCAAAUGCAGGGUGACCCAUUGCCAGGGGAAAAGAUGACUGUGCUUGCCUGCAUUUCUUACCACGGCUGUUUUUAACCUUGAACUAUAGAUGUGAAAGAACCACUCAUACGGACCUCGUAACUGUAAUGGGUGAGACAGUCCUUGUUUGUCAUUGUGAUGAUUUUUAACCUUCAGAGAGGCGGAGAGAGAACAGGAGAGGAAGACACAGGAGGGAGAUGACAAAAAUAGAGACAGUGUUUAGUGUUUAAACACCGUCUGGCAUAUUUUAAGCCAGUAAGUUCAAUAGGACUGUCAUCUAAUGGCCUUACCUUAUACAGCAAUGCAACUCCUGUCAACCUAGAGUGCAGUAAAUUUACUGAACACAGCUAAUUUGCCACAACCACUCAAAUAUAAAUGUACUACUUAUUUUUGCAUUUGUGUGUGUCACUGCUACAAAGAGAAAUAUAAGUGUAAUACUUGGUUUUGGGGGUAAAAAGAAAUAUUGACAAGGGGCAAAACUGGUGUACGUACAUUUUUGGUGUGAGGUGUCUGUGUACUAUAUACAUAAGCAUCUUUAUUUUUCUCGUGAAAAUGUGGAUAUUUAUGAAAAUGUAAAUAUCAGAUUGAUGGAGCCACUUUUGUGGAGGGCAUUGUGGGCUGGCUAAGCUUAAAGCUCAAAUGCCUGAGGGGGGCAGGUAGGGAGGGAGGGGGGGCAUUCAGAAUGUAAUUUUUAUUGUAAUCAAUACCUCAGUUGUUUGGGUGUCUCAACAUACUAAACAGACUGAGCUCAGUUUAAAACCUAAAGCCUAAGAGCUGAUUUGAGUCGGGAUGGGAGGGAUUUUUUACACUUUUAUCACUAUUUUUAUUCACGUUAGCAUUGCUUGCAUUUUUACACAAUGAGGACACACUUUUUUUUUGUGGACAAUUGACUUCUCCAUCUCCUUGACUGACAGUCAGCACAAUGCAAAGAUGUACACAAUGUUCAUAAUUUAUCAGAUAUACCGUAACCAGACAAGCAGCGGGUUGUUUGCAACUGAAUCAGCUCUGUGUGUGUGUGUAAGUUGUGUGUCGGUGUGUGUUUUCGUGACGCUUUCAGACUUUAGGCCUUCUCUCUCUCUCUCUGUCUUUGGGGCUACAACCUGAGUAGCCAUCCUUUGUCACCGUGGAAAACUGGCAAACUGAAGAUAUUAUUAUGCAUUUCGAAGACACACUCGCACACACUGUACAUACACAUGCACAGAAUGCAGAGAAACACUCGCCCACGCACAAACACCUCUCAGUCACUCUCAUUAUGCUAACUCCCACUGCCAGACUGUGCAGAAGACACCUCAUACCUGACAACUCUGCCAUCCCCUGACACAAGCCCACACAAGCGCUUGUAUAGCUGCGCACAAUUACACACACACACACACACACACACACGCACACACACACACACACGCACACACACACACACUUCACUGCUUUCUAUCCUCCACAUAGUCCAACUCCACAUGACAUCAGUGACCACAUAGAGCAGAAACAACUACACAUCCAGGGACACAUACUUUCCAUUUCAGUUUUGUUCUGUGCAGGAGAUACAGCUUUCAUAAAAAGGCCACUUUGCUGACCUCCUCAUCCUCCCCACAUCCCUUUCAGUAGUUCCUACUCGCCGCCAAAAUGUUGUUUUUGACUUCACUUUCUGCCACCGCCGCUGGUGCGACCGCCUCCACACAGAUGCACACCAUUGCCACCCACCCCAGCAUCCAAGUAAGGCUUGUCAGACAAAAUACUUUUAGAGAAACCUGCGAACCCGGACUGGGUCUUGCACAAGGUUACGCAGUCAAAAUGUUCUGUAUUUUUCUUUUCCACGAAAGCCACAUGCUGUCAGUAUUUCUUUGGCUCCCAGUGUCUGAUGACUAAUCAAAGCCUUAACAUCUUCCAUCUCACUCAUAUGAAAGAAAAAAAAUAGGGAAAAUCUUCCUGUGUACAUAGUAUAAAUAUAUAAAUAUGUAGCAGAGAAAAAUGAUUACUAAUUUAUGGUGUCACAUUUGUGUAUUACUCAGUGACAGCAAGCAUGAAGGAUUUAUUUUUUCCUGUUAUGGUUUCCCCACUUUUCUGUUAUUUUGCAGUGCUUUAUAAUUUAUGUUUUCUGAGUGCUUUAUUCUUGACUGUUGCGCUGUGAUUGCUGCCAAAACUGGCAAAUGUGCUUCUUCGAUACAAAUGAACUGUAUACACACAACAAAAGUCUUAUCCCAAAAUGUCCUUUUUAUUAUUGACUGCUCUGUGUAAAAAUGUUUUUUUUUUCUCUUUUUGUAUUUUUUAAUCUUCAAAUUGUUUUGGUCUUUGAAAAGAAAAAACAAACUAGAAUUGUUGUCACCAUUUUGUCAUGUCUUUCUACAUUUUUUUUUCCAUAUUUGGUUGCUAUUAAAGCUUUCUUGAUUUUUGAAAUGUU